AUGAUUGAGCUAGGAUUGAGUCGCGUCUCGAGUCUCCUUCAACAGAGUUCGCUGACAUGGAAAGCCGUUCAUAUUGCGGGGACUAACGGGAAAGGCUCGAUCAGCGCCUAUCUCUCCCAACUGCUGUCAGCUGAAGGAGUUCGCUGCGGCCGCUUCACUUCCCCCCACCUAAUCGACCGGUGGGAUUGCAUUACAAUCGGCGAACGUGUGGUCCAGGAAUCGCUGUUCCGCCAGAUCGAAGACCAAGUCAAACUCCGAGACCGAAAGCUGGGCAUUGGCGCAUCCGAGUUCGAGCUCUUGACCGCAACGGCAUUCGAGAUUUUCAACCAUGAGCGGGUCGAAGUCGGCGUUGUCGAAGUGGGCAUGGGUGGUCGUCUAGAUGCCACCAACAUACUUAGCGAUGUUCUCGUCUCCGUCAUUGCUAAGAUUGGCAUGGACCAUCAAGCAUUCUUGGGAUCGACAAUUGAGGAGAUAGCUCGAGAGAAGGCGGGGAUCCUGAAGCCUGGAGUACCUUGUGUGGUGGACAAUACCAACGAGGCAGCCGUGCUAAGGGCAUUGUCAAGUCGGAUACAAGAACUUGGGAUUGACGCGAUAUUUGUCUCACCAGAUAAAGCAGAGGAGCAGCUCCCCCCACUGGCACAGCUAUUCCGAAAGAUGGACCUCGAGCCUCAUCAAAAGGAAAAUAUGUGUAGUGCAGUCACGGCACUACGUCUCGCCCUUUCCAAGAUCCGCCCGGAGGCCGAUGUGUACAGCCUGCUUCCUCAUCUAGCAGAUGUCAAGUGGCCCGGCCGGUUAGAACACAUUUCUCUUCAACCUCUGAUACCCCGCAAAGAACAAGUUCUGAUUGACGGGGCCCAUAACCCACAGUCAGCCGAUGUCUUGGGCCGAUACGUUGACCGGAAACUGCGUCCAGAGUCACCCGGUGGGGUGACCUGGGUCAUUGCAGCAUCGAGUGGAAAGGACCUCGCUGGGGUCUUCCGUUCAAUCAUUCGACCUGGAGACAGUGUUGCAACAGCAGAGUUCGGUCCCGUGGAUGGAAUGCCAUGGGUGAAGCCAACUAAUGCUACUGAACUUGCAUCAGCUAUACAGUCCAUUCCCGAAAUAGGGCAAGUAAAAAGCUUUGAGGGUGAUUUACUCCCUGCACUCCGCUGGGCCAGUGAAGUCUCUGAAGGCCGACCGCUUGUCAUAGCUGGUAGUCUGUACCUAGUCUCUGACGUGCACCGUUUGCUUCGUGAUGCGCUCCAAUGA